AUGGCUUCCGCUGAGGAAUUCGUUAAGGGAAAUGUUCAUCCGAACGGCGUCGCUGUUAUCACUCUCGAUCGCCCUAAAGCUCUCAACGCCAUGAACUUAGAUAUGGAUAUAAAAUACAAAAAAAUUCUAGAUGAAUGGGAAUCGGAUCCAAGGGUCAAAUGCGUUCUGGUUGAGGGCAGCUCGCCUCGUGCCUUUUGUGCAGGUAAACAGGUCUGA